CUUAGAAAUAUCUUCUUUGAAAUCUGUCUGCUUCAGAGCUGCUCCCUUCCAUUUCUUGUUCUGAUUUGUUUUUGUGCUUUGCGUUUUUUCUGCGUCUUGUUUUUAGCUCGACAGAGUAACUGCUCCUGAUCUCACAUUCAUACCACACAGAGAACUUACUUUAGUUACCCUUUGCACUUGAGGUAUAUUUUAUGUUAAUUUCUAAACAUUUUGAGGUUACAGCGUGACGCACUCACAGCAACAUCAGCUCUCGUGCCCCUUGCAUGCUGUCAACCAGAAGCCAUUCAGUUUUAUAUGCUGUAUAUUGUUUAUUUGCUGAUGUGUGCUGAUGUGUAAUAUAUAUGCCUAUGUUUGGUGUGUUGUUAUUGUUUGCCUGAAAAUGUAUUAAUUAUAGAUUUUAUGUGACAUCUCCAGGUGAGCUAGUGUUUUUUUGGCUUGUGUUCAGAUACUGUGUGGCUGUGUACAAAUGAAAGUCUUUAGCAUGUGCAUUUGACCAAUGAUAUCACAGAACAGUGCAGACACCCUCUCCAAAACAUAUAAAAGAAAACAGUCUGUCACCUGUCUCCAUCUGGGUAUCAAUCCCAACUAAGGGUGCAGAUCAUCUCCACCCACAACAUCAACCUCUUGUCCUGCUCCUGUGACAGAGAGACACCAACAUGAUCUUGCUGCUCUUCCUGUUUGGUCUGACUCUGGGUGCUGAGUCUCCUUCAGAUGAACAUGAAGUGAAGCUACAGCGUGGAAACUGUCCCAUGUUCUGGUUCAGCUUCAACGGCCGCUGCUACAAGUACCUUUCCACUCGUAUGUCCUGGGCUGAUGCAGAGCUCCACUGUGUGUCAGAGGGAGCCAACCUGGUGUCUAUCCACAGUCUGGAAGAAGAGGGUUUUGUCAAAUCCCUGAUCAAGAACUUUGACCCCGCUCAGGGACCCACCUGGAUCGGACUCAGUGACACACAGAAGGAAGGAAGCUGGAUGUGGUCUGAUGGGUCUGCAGUCAACUUUGAAUUGUGGGGCGCAGGGCAGCCAGAUGAUUAUAGGGGAAUGGAAGACUGUGUACACGAUAGCUAUGGCAAUGAUCUGAAAUGGAAUGAUGACCCAUGUUCUAGUGCUACACCUUUUGUUUGUGCAUCACGCAUAGGCUGUCUCCAGCAGCUGAGAUGAGUCAUGUCCAAUUCAACAUGUUGACUUUGCACCUGUUUUCCUGUUGUAAUGCAAUAGACCAACAAACAAUAAAUGUGCAAAAUGUUCAAGUUUA